UCGCUCGGUCCUGCAAACGCGCGCCGGGCGCUUUCCCCGGAGCUCGGCGGUGCGUGCGAGCGCCCUUUUGCAGCAGCCGCGGCGGCGGCGGCCCGAGGGGGCGAGGGGGAGGAGGCCUCGGCCGGGGGGCGGCUUUCCCCCUCAAAAUCGCCUGCAAAGUGCUCGGGGCUGCAGAACCAGGCCGCCGGCUCCGCGGAGCAAACCGCUCGCCCCAGGGCUUGAGAGCGCACGGGGCUGCCGGGCAGCGCCGCGGUUGCUGGUGGGCGCCGGUGCCCUCGGCGCGGGGCUCGGGCUCACCAUGCCCCUGCGGGGCCGGGCCGCCGGGCACAAGCGGAUCCCGGGCUUGCCCCCGCCUCGACGCGCUCGGAUUAGCUGCAGCCGGCGCCCAAGAAUUUGAAUCUGAAGCCCGGAAGGGAGUGCGCCUAGGCCGACCUCGGAGUGGCGGCCCCGCGGCCAACAUGCUUCGCAAAGGGUGCUGUGUGGAACUGCUGCUGCUGCUGCUGGCCGGGGAGCUGCCCCUGGGUGGCAGCUGCCCGCGGGACUGCGUGUGCUACCCAGCACCCAUGACGGUCAGCUGCCAGGCUCACAACUUCGAUGCCAUCCCUGAGGGCAUCCCAGAGGACAGCGAGCGCAUCUUCCUGCAGAACAACCGCAUCACCCUCCUCCAGAGGGGCCACUUCAGCCCCGCUAUGGUCACCCUGUGGAUCUACUCCAACAACAUCACCUUCAUUGACCCCAGAACCUUCGAGGGCUUCGUGCACCUGGAGGAGCUGGAUCUCGGCGACAACCGGCAGCUGCGGACGCUGGCACCCGAGACCUUCCAGGGCCUGGUGAAGCUCCAUGCCCUCUACCUCUAUAAGUGUGGGCUCAGUGCCCUGCCAGCGGGCAUCUUUGGUGGCCUGCACAGCCUGCAGUACCUCUACCUGCAGGACAACCACAUUGAGUACCUCCAGGAUGACAUCUUUGUGGACCUGGUCAACCUCAGCCACCUGUUCCUCCAUGGCAACAAGCUGUGGAGCCUGGGCCAGGACACCUUCCGGGGACUGGUGAACCUGGACCGGCUGCUGCUGCAUGAGAACCAACUGCAGUGGGUCCACCACAGGGCUUUCCAUGACCUCCGCAGGCUGACCACCCUCUUCCUCUUCAACAACAGUCUCACUGAGCUGCAGGGUGACUGCCUGGCACCCCUGGGGGCCCUGGAGUUCCUCCGGCUCAACGGGAAUGCCUGGGACUGUGGCUGCCGGGCACGCUCCCUGUGGGAAUGGCUGCGGAGGUUCCGAGGCUCGAGCUCCGCCGUCCCCUGUGCAUCCCCCGAGCUGCGGCAUGGCCAGGACCUGAAGCUGCUGCGGGCCGAGGACUUCCGGAACUGCACGGGGCCAGCGUCCCCUCACCAGAUCAAGUCGCACACGCUCACCACCACCGACAGGGCCGCCCGCAAGGAACACCACCCACCCCACGGCCCCGCCAGGGACAAGGGCCACCCACGUGGCCAUCUGCCUGGCUCCCGGCAGGGCUACAAGAAGCCAGGCAAGAACUGCACCAGCCACAGGAAUCGCAACCAGGUCUCGAAGGUGGGCGCCGGCAAGCAGGCCCACGAGCUGCAGGACUACGCCCCCGACUACCAGCACAAGUUCGGCUUCGACAUCAUGCCCACGGCACGGCCCAAGAGGAAGGGCAAGUGUGCCCGCAGGACCCCCAUCCGUGCCCCCAGCGGGGUGCAGCAGGCCUCCUCGGGCAGUUCCCUGGGGGCCUCACUCCUGGCCUGGAUACUGGGGCUGGCAAUCACUCUCCGCUGAGGACCUGAAGCGCCAGCACCCAGCACUGCCACACGUCCACCGAGGAACAGAAUUUCUUUUCUUUUUUUUACAAGUGGAGGAUCUGCUGGGUUUCAGGCAAAGGCUGGUAGAGGUUUGGCUGCUGUCUGGGCCCCGCCUGGUGGAUUAUAAACCCAAAGUGUACAGCCCCAAGCUGGAGGGAAUCAGUACAUCUCACCCAGCAACUCAGCCAGCCCCUGCCGAGCACCCACGGACAGCAUCCAUCCAGCAAGGCAGUUAAAGUGCGCGAAGCGAAUCCUUCCUUAGCAAUCAUGGGACAGUGCCCCACGCACAGAAGCCGGGCUCUGUGGAAUCCUGGUCAUCUGGAGAGGUCUGAGGGCCCCCACCACUCCCGGAGGAAGCAGGACCCAGAGGAGAACAGACGAGGCUCACUCAUGAGGCUGGGUCAACCAGCCGUCUGGGAGCAUAUGAGCAGCUGGCAUUUUGGCUCUUGCUUGAGGCCACUUAGUCAACCCGCCCUGAAUCUAACCAUGUGCCACCUUCAUUCAGCCCCUCCCUGGCGGGUACCGCCUCUCAUUCCUGAUGUCUCAGGCAACCCUGGCAGACCCAGGCCCCACUGCUGGGCUCCAAGAACCAACUACCAAAGGAAAGAUCAUCAGAAGCUGAAAUUUAGAACUUCAUCGUGUUCCACGAGGUUCUCAGAGGAGGUGCAAUUUUAUAACUACGUCCACUUAUAUAUAUACACACUCUCUACAUAUAUAUACACACAAAUGCACAGGUCCCCCGCCCCACUCCCUUACCAAACUGUAUGUCUUCUCAUGUUUAUAAACUAUACGGAAAACUAUAUCUGAUGAACUAAGGAUUGUAUUGGUGAUUUUUAGCAAGAAAAGAGUUAUAGGAUUUUUGUCUAGAAUCCCAACCUGGCAACAAUUGUCCCCAUGUAACCUGGGCUUGCCAGGGCUCAGUGCAAAGGGUCAGUGGGGAGAGUCAGGGAGAAGGGGAGGCAGCAAGAAUCACUUCAGAGGACCAAUAUUCUUAGCUAUUUAGAGCAUCACCAUGUUUUUAUAUGCAACACAAGCCCGUCUGCCGCCCCAGAGCGCCCCAUCUCCCCCACUAUGGCAGCUGUUGGCGUCGAAGUGAGAAGUGAGAAGCGGCUUGUUGGACGUCAGGGAGCCAGGCCCUGGAGACAGGCUGGAUGGAGAAGGGGAAGGAAGGGGCUUUGGGUCUUUUAAGCUGAUGGGCAAGGCAGCAUCCACAGUGUUAGUCCAAUGGGCUGGGCAGUGUCGUCAGCCUAGGGUUUGCCAGCAACGGUCUGGACAGGCCAGCGAGACUCUGGGCAUGAGCCCAGGCCUCCAGCAUGGCUCAGCUGCUGAAUUUUUCCUUGAGGGUCUUUGAUGGGCAUCCCAGUGAGGGCCUUCUGUAGGGUGACAGGAGAGAAAGCAUCAGGUAGCCUUAGCAGAAGGCGAACAAAGAGAAAAUUUCAAGAACCAUCUCAGGCACUUUUGUAUUACGGAGGCCCGGUCUCUCCUGGCCCUUAUGAAGAUGCCCAGGGACAGGCAGAGGUCAGAGGGGUCAGACUCAGGGGCAGGAGCAGGGGUGUGCAGGGAAUGGAGCAGGCAAGCCCAGACAGGAGACAGGGGCUCCAACUGAUCAAGGUUGGCCAUGCUGCUGGCUGGAGCCCCGGGCGAGCACAAUCUCCCUUGCGCUUUGCACAAACCUGAAUUCCCCACCAGAGAGGAUGUGUGUGAGGAGCAAGAAACACUGAAUCCAAUUAA